AUGGCCUUGACAUACAAGCAAUCACAACUGGUUAGGGGCACCAUCCCCGCCCUGCGCGAGCAUGGAGAGACCAUUACCUCUAUAUUCUAUGCCAACAUGCUGCGAGCUCACCCGGAGCUUCACGACCAUUUCAACAAAGUCAACCAGGCCAACGGGCGCCAACCACGUGCUCUGACGGGCGUCAUCCUAGCCUUUGCCUCAAAUCUCAACCACAUCAGCGAGCUUAUCCCCAAACUUGAGCGUAUGUGCAACAAGCACUGCUCACUUGGCAUCCAACCCGAACACUAUGACAUCGUCGGCAAGUACCUCAUUCAGGCCUUCGGCCAAGUCCUCGGGCCUGCCAUGACACCUGAGAUUCGCGAGGCCUGGACAAAGGCCUACUGGAUCCUCGCUAAGAUGCUCAUCGGCCGCGAGGCCCAGAUGUACCGCGAGUUUGACGACGACAAGUGGAAGGGAUGGCGCAAAUUCCGUAUCGAACGCAAGGUUGCCGAGACGGAAGACAUCUUCUCCUUCUAUAUGGUUCCCGUCGACGGCAAGCGUCUUCCCGAGUUCUACCCAGGCCAGUACACCUCCCUUCGAACAACGAUUCCGAAUCUCGGCCAUCUUCAGUCCCGGCAGUACUCCCUCAGCGACUCCCCGCGACCGGAUUACUAUCGUAUCACCGUCAAGCGCGACCAAGGCGUCAAGGUCGGCAAGGGCAAUGCUGUGUUCAACCUCAACCCGGGUGUCUUCUCCAACCACCUGAUCGACGAAAAGAAGCCCGGCGAUAUCGUCGAGCUAACACACCCUACGGGCGACUUCUUCUUCGACACACACGCCGCUGGCACUCUCCCCGUCGUCCUCAUCUCCGCUGGCGUCGGCGUCACCCCCCUUAUGUCCAUCUGCAACACGAUCGUUGAACGCCAGGCGGUCCGUCCCAUCUCUUGGAUUCACUGCUCGGCACGUAAUGCUCCGUUCGAGGAGCAUAUCCGCAAGAUCGCGUACAGCCGCGCCAACUUCAUCACGAAGUUCUUCCGUUCUCAGAUCGCCGAUGUCGAAGACGACGACUCGCUCUCCUCGUCAAGUGACUUCGGUCUCCGCAUGGACCUGGCUCGUAUCGAUGCCCAUGAGCUUUAUCUCGGCCAUGGGGGCGCUGAAUAUUACAUCUGCGGCCCAGAGAUCUUCAUGGUCGAGAUGUCAGAAUACCUUAUCAACCAGGGCGUCGAUCCUGCAAGAGUCAAGUUUGAACGGUUCACUACCGGAGACCUGGAGUUUAAACAUUGA